AUGAAGACCUUAUUGAGAGAAUCACUGAAUGAAGCAACCAAAUUAAGAAGCAAAUACAUCAAAGUAUUCAACACGGCACAGACGCCAGAGAAGAUACUUCUUGGCGCUGCAUUCUGUUCAAUGAUGAUACUUUCCAUGUUCGCAAUAGCAUUUCUGUGCAAGAAGCUUUUCAGCAGGAAAAGAGACCCCAAGAAAUAUAAGCACCAUGUGCACCAUGUUGACGAGAACGAGGUAGAAAGAAUCUUCAAAAUGAUUAAGGACCUCAUUGUGAACAGACCCGAGUCUAUAAAGAGAGUUGAAAAUUCAGAAGGACAUCUGGUUGACUUUUCUCGAUCAUACGGCAGCGACGGCACAAACUCCAGAAUCCUGUUCAAGAACUCAAACAUGUAG